ACAUGUGAUGCGUUCAGCAGCUGAGCCUCUCUGCAGGAAAGAGUCACUCUGCAGGAAACACCCUGGAAGUCUCAUCGUGCAGAGAAGCAGCACGGCACCGGUGUGGAAUAACUUGUUGACGUUUUCUCUACAAACAACCUGCGCAUUCUGAUAUCCCGUCAACAUUGAUGAGUGCAGAGUUUCUGGAACAAAUCUGAGGACGGCCGGGUUUCUUCACUUCUGCUCUUCUUCCUCCACUCGUGUGGCUCACCUGGUAGGGUAUGUGCACAGUGAGCCAGGAAGAAUCCUAGAUGCCAGGGUUCGAAACCCUUUUACCCUGAUCUACUCGUUCUGCUUUCCUACGCCACCUGCCUCUCCUAUGCUACGCGACACUCCUACCCUACACUUCCUGCCUCAUCUACGGUGCACUACCUGCCUCACUUAGUAUGAACUACCUGCCUCACUUAGUAUGCCUAACUCAGCUACUCCGAGUCUCGAACCCCGUACAUGCUAAGCAGCAGACCUGAACUCGACACGGGCGCCUUAAUGCCGAGAACAGACCCAAUCCGGCCACCAACACAUGUACAUGAAGACCUGUGCUCCGGGCGCAUUUAUCUUCUUCAUUUUGAGUAAAGCACUUUAAAAAUCACUAUAGCUCACGAGGACUCGAACACACAACCUCAGACUUUCUAACCCGUCUUCUAUCCCUCUGAGCCAAUUGACCAGUGACACAUAUCAUUUGUUAAAUUAAUUCUCUAUUUUGGGUUGUUAGACUUAGAAAAUACAUGAAACUCAUGAGGAUCGAACCCAAGACUCCUGCUCACCUGAGCAGCGUUGUAUCCCACUGAGCUAUUUCAUUUGUGGAAGUCUCAGGUUGUUUGGUAGAUUAUGUAACAAUGAAAAUGUAAAAAAGGAAAUAGAACAAGUUAUUGUGCAGUGCAUCCAAUAAAACUAUCCGUGUAAGUAUGUCAUACAAUUGUGCCACCAACAUUUAUAAAUGAAAAACUCUUCUUUACCUCAUUUUGAAUGUUUUACCUGAAAAACCAGUGGAAAUAAAGAGGUUUGAAUCAACAACCUCCAGUCUUCAAGGCAGUGCUUUAUCCCAGGCAGCCAUUUUCCCUGGCCCAUAUGUGUUGCGUUUGGUAAUAAUUCCACUUGGGUCUUGGACUCCAGAAAAUCCCUGCACCUCAUGGGGAUCGAACCUUAAACCUCAGUUCACCUGAGCAGCGUAGUAUCACUCUGAGCUAUCAGAUCGGAGACAGUCGUUGUCCAACUGUCCAAGACUUUGUUUCAAAAAGGAAAUGUAAAAAAAGUAAUUGCGUAGUUUGUCAUAAAGCUGUGCCUAGAACAGUUACCAUGGACACAAGUAAAUGUAAAACUCUGCUCUUCUUUAAUCUGGAUGUUUAAUAUCACUGCUCCCUCUAAGAAUCAAACUCACAACCUCUGGUCUUCUGAUCCUUCUCAUAUCACUCUGAGCUAAAGGACCUGAGCUCUCUGUCAGUUUUCUGGUCGAGACUGUCUCUUGGUAGGGGUUGUGAAACAAAGUCAAUGUGAAGAAAGUCAUAGUAUAGUAUGUAACGGAAUUGCACCACCACCAGAUGUUAAUGUAAAACUACAAUAACUUGUACUGUCAUUAUAUCGGGUGCUUGACCUUAAAAGUCCCUGCCAAUGAUAAGCAUUGAACCCUCAACCUCCUGUGUUCAAGGCGGUGUGUUAUACCUGUGAGCCAUUUGUCCUGGUUUGACUCUGUGUCGCUUGGUAAUCUAAUUCUACACUUUGGGUCUUGGACUUCAAAAAACAUUUGUACUGGGUGGGUGUUGUUUUUUGUGAAAAUCACUGCACUUCAUGAGGAUCGAACCGAAGACUACAGUUCUUCAGAACAUCACUCUAUGAGAUCUGAGACAGGUCUCUGGUAGAGUUUGUGUCACAACCUCUGCAUGUUGGACUUUCAAAACCUAAGUAUCGAACACACAACAUCAGCUCUACUGAGCUUCCUCAUAAGUCCAUGAGCUAUGAAAUCUCAUAGAAACAAUAUAAUAACCUUUCAAAGUAAUUUUCUUUGUGGUCGACCCAAGCAGGAACCAAACACUCAACCUCAGCUCGACAGACCACCCAUCUUCCACUCUGAGCUAUAUGACUGAACACACUUCACAGUCACAGGGACACAUUUGUUCUUCUUCUGUGGGAAAUUGGAUUUAUAAAGUCACUGCACCAAAUAUGAAUCAAACACACAACCUCAGAUCUUCUAACCCAACAUCUAUCAGUAUGAUCAGAUGUGCUUUCCAUAUUUGUGUUAGAGCUUUUGAUUUCUUCUCUCUUGGUGUUGGAUCUAACGACAAAUUGAUAAACAUAUUCAAUCAACAACUUUAUUAAUCCCGCAAGGGGCAAUUGGUUAUGAGCAGCAGCUUAUGUCAUGAACACAGGCAGGAACAUACAAGAAGAAAACACACAGAUACACCCGGGAGCACAGAUGUGGAUCAUUCCAAUUUACACUAUAAAUAGUUCAUAGCAUCACAAUAAUACAUAAAUAAUCAAGUUAAAAGCCUUUCACGAAUUUAAAAGUUUGAGAGCAGAAGGGAUGAAUGAUUUAGAAAAGCGAUUAGUCCUUUGAUCAGGUAGAGCAUAUCUACGCCCUGAUAGCAACAGACGAAAUUCAUGUGAAAGUACAUGACCUGGAGAGUUCAGAAUGCUCUCUGCUUUCCGCAGAAUCUGUUGGUUACAGAAGGAAUUUAAGUCUCUCUGUUUCACGCCGAUGAUCUUGGAGCAGGUUUUAACAAGGCUGUUCCUGUCUUUCAGUGUAAGGCUAUGGAACCAGCAGAUAAACAAAUAGGGCUCUCAAUGAAUGCUUGGUAAAAACGACAAAGAAUGAAAGGCCUGAUGGAGAAAGAGUUCAGUUUGCGAAGAAGGUGCAUUCUCUGUUGGCCCCGCUUCACAAUACACUCAGUAUUCACAUCAAAUUUGAGGUGGUCAUCGAAAAUGGUGGCCAAGUAUUUGUAUGAUGUGACAAUUUCUACCUUGUCAUUGUGUAUGAUGCACUCCUUAGGAACAUCCUUGUGACGUCUAAAAUCAAUGAUCAAUUCCUGGGUUUUAGAGACAUUUAAAUCCAGAAAACUGUCAUCACACCAGGAAAUAAAAUCAGUAAGAGCACACUCUGAUUCUGAGCCGCUAAGGAGGGACAAGAGGGCGGGAUCGUCAGAUAAUUUAACCAGGUAGCUGUUGUCUUGCAUGCUCCUGCAUUUAUCAGUGUACAUUAUAACAAGUAGGGGCAAAAGAACGCAUCCUUGAGGCGAGCCUGUGGAAGUGAUGACAGAGUCAGAGAGGCGUCCAUUGACAGACACCUUCUGCUCUCUAUUAGUUAGAAAGUUUAAAUCCAUAAAACAAGUUGAUCGGGCAGUUUAAAACGACAUGAUAGGCUCUCUACCACACUGUGGGAGUUGAAGUCACAACCUCAUGCUUUCUGAGGGCUUCUUUAUCACACUGAGCUAAUCCAUCUGACAGGCAGUGUUACAUAAACAUACAGUAUGCAAAUACAAAGCAGAUCCUUGAGGGAUCAUAUUGACAUAAUAAAAACAUGGGAAAAAGUUGCAUGUGAUAAAAUGCAAAUCAAUACAGGCGUGCGUGAAAAAUAAACAACGGUCACACCCAAGUAAAUAAUGGCUGAAAUUAUGUUUAAUGUCUUCUUUCACAGCUUUUCAUAAACAUAUCUUAUAAGCCAGUAUAUGGACAGUGGCAAUACAUUUAAUUGUAAUAAGCAAAUCAUAGAAACAAGAUUACAAACCAUCUCCAAAAUUAAAUAAUCACUAUCUUACACACUCUCAAAAUGAAUUAGGAUCUACUUUAACAUCAUCAAGCCCACCUUGGAUGUAAAGUAAAUUAACAUUACAACUAUGUAAACGUUGUUUUUUAAAUAUAUAAAGGUAACAGCUUUCAUUUUUUAAACUUUAUAUACCUGUGGACAUUUCUCAGUUCAAGCCGAGCACCUUGAUCCACUGAGACUCUGAGAGAAAGUGCCACCACACGUUCAGCUGAGUUAAUGGAUGAGUAAACUUGAAGGACCCGGGCACGCUUCAAAUCACACUGAAUUUAUCCUGCUUUUCGCUGCUUUGACUUUGAGGAGCUGUUGCUGUGGCAACAAGUCCUCCAGCCAAAGAAGAUUGCAGUUUAUAUCAAAUUAAACAACAAAAACAGAAGAAACUAAAAUCGCCCCUUUAGUCCUUGUAAAGUAUGCAGUUAUUUGAACAAAUAAACAGUGCUUUUAUUUGUAAUUUACCCUCGAGUGGAACAGCAGAAAGCAUAUCAAAUUACAGACAUCCCACAUUAUCUGAAGGAACCCACUCACUGCCAUGAUCUGUGCUGUUUUGGCCAAAAAACAUUAACUGUCAAAAAACACACACUGAUGUAGUACUUUGUCGCCCUCUUGUGGUGAAGACAGGUAAUGGUAAGAUUAAACAUUACACACUGACAAUUAUGACCAGAAGCAUCACAGCUAUACAAAUAAUACAAAAUGUAAACACAUCGACAUUCACUUUUAGUAGCUUACACUGAUCCAUAGAGACAAGUAUUACAAAACGUAUAAAAUGUUUUCUUAUUUAAAGCAUUAAUGGUAUUUAACAGGAAGUAAACAAAGUGUGUUUCUCACCAGUUUGUUGUUUCCUGCUCUUCUUCCCAGGCAGGCAGGUCAUCCAACUGAAGGCACAGGUAUUGCUUUUGUUUACAGGCAGGAAUUAAACACAAAUACCACAGGAAAAAACUGAUGAUAAUGGACAACAAUGAGGAGGAUGAGGAUGCUCAGUCCUGAUCAGUCAUUUUCUUUCUAACAAUACCACAAAAUGCUAUUAAAACGUUAGAAUAGCAAGCAUACCCAACUCUAAAGACAAUUUGUUAGUUCAAUAUAAGGCUUGUAGUAACACCUGGUCUUUGUCCUGAGUAAAAAAUGUUGAACAAAAACAGUUUAAACAUUUUCUCUGAGACCGAUUCAUGGAUCCAAGGCCGGGCAGAUAAAGAGGUUUCCCUAACAGUAUACUUGUGACCAUAACCAGGUGUGUGUUAGAUAUGAGCGCUAUGAUAAGUCAGAAUUUGCAAAGCUGACACUUCUGCAUCCUAAAAAGUUUGCUCUACAGCUAAUACUUACCAGGAGGUCAAUCAAUGAUGUUUUAUAAUUAGGAUUAUGGAAGAACAUGCAUACUAAAUACAGUGAGGCAUAUUUACUCAUUCCUAAAUCCAGCUCUGGUGACUUGACACUAACUGCACAGUGUAAUGUUAAAACGAUCCCUCAUGUGCAUUACAUUAAUAAUGAACAAUUUGGCAUUUAAUAACGCUGCAGGACACAAAGAAAGAAAACAAAAACAAGCAGAAGGGAAUGUCCUCUGAUACUGUGUGAAACAGAUAAUGCAGCAUCCCACCCGCCAAGGCCACUCUUUGCAAUCUGCCAUUUGUGUGUUGGCAACAGAAUGCUUUGCUUACAGACUUCCCUCAGACACAGAUAUCUGCAGAGAGAAACAAAUGUGUGAGAAUCAGGAAAGUUACAGAGGAUAAUCGGUUUUCUGGAGCUAACUGGACCAUAAAUCAGACUUUUUUGCACCUUUCUCAUACAGUGCAGUCAUGGUGUCCUGUGCUCUUUUCAUCCUCGGCCCUCUGUGGGUCCACAUUCUGGGACAUGCAUGCAGCGGAGAGGAUUUGUCCCGGGAAGAGGUGUUGUCCUGGGUCAGAGUGCGGGUCCUGGAGGGCCUCAGGCUGGAGGAGCCUCCUUUAACCCCAGUGCAGGCUCCAGAUAGGGACCCCGCACCUCAAAGGGCCGCCAGGGCGAGCAGGACAACGUGGGUCAAGCAACAAAGCAGUCCGACGCAGGAAACAUCGGAAAUUAUUCUCUUCCCAAAUUCUGACUCAUCCUGUGCCAGAUCUGACUCUGCAGAAACCGCCAGCAGCCACUUCACAUAUUACUUCCAGCCCUCCAUGAACAGCCAAGAGACUUCAGUCACGUCUGCCCACUUCUGGUUCUACGCAGGCGAAGGAGCAGCCAACUCCUCCGCCCAGCUGUUCAUGGUGACUUCAGCUCAGCAGCUCCAUCAGGCGGCGGAGGCUCCUUCAAAGACGAGCUCAGACGGGUGGAUGACCUUUGACCUGGAGCAAGACAAUCUGGUCUCUGUGGCUGAGGGCCCCUUCCUGCUGCAGGUCCGCUGUCCAGCCUGUCAGUGCAGCAGCAGUGAACCAGACCACACCCCCUUCCUCCACCUCCACGCUCAGCCUCGAGGUCCUGCCCGCUCCCCCCGCAGUGUCACCAUCCCCUGGUCUCCUGCUGCUGUGGAGCUGCUCAAGAGACCCUCUGAGGAGCGACUCGGCGACUGCACCAGAGCGGAGGUCCAGAUCAGCUUCGAGGAGCUGGGCUGGGACAGCUGGAUCGUGCACCCCAAGGCGCUCACUUUCUAUUACUGCCAGGGGAACUGCUCAGCCGAGGGUCGGACCGCCACCAUGCUGGGGAUCAAACAGUGUUGCGCCCCGGUGCCGGGGACCAUGAGGUCCCUGAGGAUCACCACAACAUCUGACGGAGGGUACACGUUCAAUUAUGAGACCCUGCCCAACAUCAUGCCUGAAGAGUGUACUUGUAUGUGACAUCUUAAAAAGGCCAGUUUACCCAAAUAACACAAAAGGAUAUUUCCUGUUUUCUACAGUCUUUGAAAGAUAAUCGUUAUUUUGGGUUAUCGGACCAAUUAGAGUUUUCCUUUUAAAUGGCGUAUUUUACAAACGAGUGUUACUAGCAUUUUUCUCUUGCAUUAUUUGUAUUUAGCCACAAUCUGUAAAAUACCUUAAGGCCAACAUUAUAUUGCUUUUUUAUUGUGUUCUGAUACGACCUUUAGAGGGCAGCAUCGGCCUAUUUUUAAACCAUUUUACUUCAUAUCCAGUCUGACUUCUGUUGUAUAUUAUUAUUAAUAAAUCAUUGAUUUAA